AGCCUAAAUCAGCGGUCUUUGAUGAGACUUAGAAGUUGCAGUCUUCGUAUCGGAAAGAGUACUGUAGCCCGGUGUGGUGACGUUUCCAAGAGGUUCCUUUGAAUCUUUGGAGGCUGGCGGAGGAAGACGUUUUGUUGUUGAUGGGCAGCGGCUGUGGAGGAUAUUGAGAAAGUCCAAAAUGGCGGCGGCUGCCAGGUCGAGAGGACCCGGCAGGCCUUGAAUUUAGGGAGGGGAGAGAACUAGCGGGACUCCGGGCCCGGAAAAGUGCCGGGAGGUUCCAGAGAGGAGGAGGGGCAAAGCUGAGCAACCGGGCACCGGGGAGAAAAGCUCCGGCUGAACGGCCUUGUUCCCCCGCCCGUUAGGCCUGGUGCUCGAGCGAGGAGGAGGAGGAGGGGCCGGGCAUGGCCCCCUGAGGGGCCUCCCAGAGAGCAAAGGAGCCGGUGGAGGGUAUGGAGUCCAGAGAGGAGGAGGUGGAGCAGAGCGAAGGGUCAGAUCAAGGGGUCUGGGGGGAGAAGGGCCCCCUCGGGGAUCAGGGCGACUGGGUGUCCCGUGGGGAGAGGGGGAGCCGGGGGACGAAGGGGGAACGUGGCCUUUCAGGGGAGAGGGGAGAACAUGGGGACUGGGGAGAGCGCGGCUCCAGGAUGGAGAAGAGUGAACGGACUGUGAAGGGUGAGCGGGCUCCCCGGAGUGACAAGGCCGAACAGGGCGAGGGGGCUCCCCGGGCUGAUCGAACCCUCCGACCGCCUCGAGCGUCAGAGCAGGCGGAGCGCGGCUUGUGGGGCGCAGAGCCCGGCGAGUGGAUGGACCGCGGUCCGUCCUGGGCUGGAGAUCCCGACCCCCUCUUGCCUCCCGAGGACUUUUUGCCGCCACCCGAGUGUCCUGUCUUUGAGCCCAGCUGGGCCGAAUUCAGCGAUCCGCUGGGCUACAUUGCCAAGAUCCGACCCAUCGCAGAAAAAAGCGGUAUCUGCAAAAUCCGCCCUCCCGCCGACUGGCAACCUCCCUUUGCUGUGGAAGUGGACAACUUCCGGUUUACUCCACGGAUACAGAGGCUCAAUGAACUGGAGGCACAGACCAGAGUAAAACUGAACUAUUUAGACCAGAUUGCAAAGUUCUGGGAGAUUCAAGGUUCUGCACUGAAAAUUCCCAAUGUAGAGAGGCGUAUCCUUGAUUUGUACAGCUUGAGUAAAAUUGUGAUGGAGGAGGGUGGAUAUGAAGCCAUUUGCAAGGAUCGCCGGUGGGCACGGGUGGCCCAGCGACUUUCCUAUCCAUCCGGAAAGAAUAUUGGUUCCCUCCUUCGUUCCCACUAUGAGCGUAUUAUCUACCCAUAUGAAAUGUACCAGUCUGGUGCUAACCUGGUGCAGUGCAAUACUCACCCAUUUGAUAAUGAAGAGAAAGACAAAGAGUAUAAGCCUCAUAGCAUCCCGUUGCGCCAGUCAGUGCAGCCUUCCAAGUUCAACACCUAUGGGCGGCGGGCCAAGCGACUGCAGCAGGAGGAAUCCGACUCAUUCCCUGAAUCUGCGAGUUCCCCAGCUCUGUUACCUGAGCGAGCACAUCAAGCAUGGCCAGAGCCAACAGAGGAAGACAUUGAGAAGAACCCAGAAUUGAAGAAGCUGCAGAUUUAUGGUGCUGGACCUAAAAUGCUGGGCCUGGGGCUUGUAGCCAAGGACAAGAACAUGCGCAAGAAAGACAAGGAGAUGCCUGAGUGCCCCCCAACGGUGAUCGUAAAAGAGGAAGCUCCUGUUUCCGAGGUGAAGCUGGAACCCACUUUACCCCGAGGCUAUGCAAAUAUGAAGGAAGAGUUGAGACACAGUCCAGAACCUUGCACCAAGAUGACCAUGCGCCUCCGUCGCAAUCACAACACUCAGUUUAUUGAAUCUUACGUUUGUCGGAUAUGUACACGGGGAGAUGAGGAUGACAAGCUGUUGUUAUGUGACGGCUGCGAUGACAACUAUCACAUCUUCUGCCUCUUGCCUCCUUUACCUGAGAUUCCUAAAGGUGUCUGGAGAUGUCCCAAAUGUGUCAUGGCGGAGUGUAAGCGUCCCCCAGAGGCUUUUGGCUUUGAGCAGGCCACUCGGGAAUACACACUACAGAGCUUUGGGGAGAUGGCUGAUUCUUUCAAGGCCGACUACUUCAACAUGCCAGUCCACAUGGUGCCAACAGAGCUUGUAGAAAAGGAGUUCUGGCGCUUGGUGAAUAGCAUUGAGGAAGAUGUGACGGUGGAAUAUGGGGCUGACAUUCAUUCCAAAGAAUUUGGAAGUGGUUUCCCCAUCAAUGAUGGCAAAAGGCAGCUGUCUCCAGAGGAGGAAGUAUGUCCCCUUUACCCAUGUUUGGAGGUUCUUGUUCUGCCCCUCAAGGCUGACCGGUUGUGGUUGGGCCCACCUUCUUCCUUAUCCCUUGCCUUGCCUUGUCAGGAGUAUGCAGCCAGCGGCUGGAACCUCAACGUGAUGCCAGUGCUGAAGCAGUCGGUGCUAUGCCACAUCAAUGCUGAUAUUUCGGGCAUGAAGGUACCAUGGCUCUACGUGGGCAUGGUCUUCUCUGCUUUCUGCUGGCACAUUGAGGAUCACUGGAGUUACUCUAUUAACUACCUCCACUGGGGUGAACCUAAGACUUGGUAUGGGGUCCCAUCCUUUGCAGCUGAACAUCUGGAAGAUGUUAUGAAGAAAUUGACCCCAGAGCUUUUUGAGAGCCAGCCAGACCUGUUGCACCAGUUGGUGACACUCAUGAACCCUAAUACACUCAUGGCCCAUGGCGUCCCGGUCGUCCGGACCAAUCAGUGUGCUGGAGAGUUUGUAAUUACCUUUCCUAGAGCUUAUCACAGUGGCUUCAAUCAGGGCUACAACUUUGCCGAAGCAGUUAACUUUUGCACUGCUGAUUGGUUGCCAGCUGGUCGCCAGUGCAUUGAGCACUAUCGACGCCUUCGCCGUUACUGUGUCUUCUCUCAUGAAGAGCUUAUCUGCAAAAUGGCUGCUUGCCCUGAAAAGUUGGACUUGAACUUGGCUGCUGCUGUACACAAGGAGAUGUUUAUCUUGGUCCAGGAGGAGCGUAAAUUGCGAAAGGCUCUUCUUGACAAGGGAAUCACUGAAGCAGAGCGAGAGGCGUUUGAGUUGCUUCCAGAUGAUGAGCGCCAAUGUGACAAAUGCAAGACAACCUGUUUUCUGUCAGCGCUGGCUUGCAACGAUUGUCCAAAUUGUCUUGUCUGCCUUUACCACAUCAAUGACCUCUGCAAGUGCCCGAGUAGCAGGCAGUACCUCAGGUAUCGGUAUACUCUGGAUGAACUCCCAGCCAUGUUACAUAAGUUGAAGGUCCGGGCUGAAUGCUUUGACACAUGGGCCAACAAAGUUCGCAUUGCUUUGGAAGUGGAAGAUGGACGCAAAAGAACCUUGGAGGAGUUGCGUGCCCUGGAAUCGGAGGCACGUGAGAGGAACUUCCCUGAGAAUGAACUUCUUCAUCGGCUCAAAACCUGUUUGAGUGAAGCAGAGAAGUGUGUCUCAGAGGCCCUGGGUCUGAUAAGUAUCCAAGAAACAGAAGAGUCAUCGGUCCAUAUGACGGUAGAGGAAUUACGUGCCUUCCUAGAGCAAAUGACAAACUUGCCCUGUGUCAUGCACCAGAUAAAGGAGGUCCAGGACGUGUUGGAGAAGGUGGAAGCUUUCCAGGUGGAAGUUCAAGAGGCCCUACAAGACCUUUCAGGCAAUUCCCCAGAGUUGCACAAACUACUGGCACAAGGAACACGGUUAGGGGUGGAGGUGCCAGAGAUGGAGCUGCUAGAGAGGCAGGUGCAGCAGGCAGUCUGGCUGGAGGAGGUGAAGCAGACUCUGCGUUCACCCCAGGAUAAGGUUACGCUGUCUGUCAUGAGAGCCCUCAUCACCUCUGGCUGUGGAGUGGCCCCUAGUCCUGCUGUGGAUAAGGCGAUGGCUGAGUUGCAGGAGUUGCUCACUAUUGCCCAGCGUUGGGAGGAAAAAGCGCAAAUGUGCCUGGAGGCUAGGCAGAAGCAUUUGCCAGCUACGCUGGAGGCCAUCAUCAAGGAGGCAGAGAACAUCCCAGUGCACUUACCCAAUAUCCUGUCGCUCAAGGAGGCACUGUCUAAAGCACAGGCUUGGAUUGCUGAUGUGGAAGAGAUCCAGAAUGGAGACCAUUAUCCCUGCCUGGAUGACCUGGAGGGCCUUGUGGCCGUGGGGAGAGAUUUGCCAGUGCACUUGGAGGAAUUGCAUCACUUGGAAGUACAAGUAGCUACUGCACAUUCCUGGCGGGAAAAGGCCUCCAAGACCUUUCUCAAAAAGAACUCCUGUUACACGUUGCUUGAGGUGCUGUGCCCGUGUGCUGAUGCUGACUCCGAUAGCGUCAAACGCAUGAAAUGGCAGCGGGAGAAGGAGCCAGGCCUCUACAAUUCAGACACAGAGAGACUGGGCCUCUCCGCACAGGAUCUCAGGGACCCUGGCUCUGUUAUCUUGGUCUUCAAAGAAGGCGAACAGAAGGAGAAAGCAGGGAUCCUACGCCUACGCCAGUCAAAUACCCAGAAGCCUGUGCCAUCCAUGCAGAGUCCUUCUGGGAUCCAGUACUGUGUGUGUUCCCAGCCUCCCAGCCCUGCGAUGUUGCAGUGUGAACUGUGUCAGGACUGGUUCCACACUACCUGUGCAGCUUGGCCUCACCUGGGCAACCCCCGGCCUUCUCCGGCAUGGUGGGAGUGGGAAGCAAAAUUCCUGUGUCCUCUAUGCCAGCGGUCCCGCCGGCCCCGCCUGGAGACAAUCCUGGCUUUGCUGGUGGCUUUGCAGAAACUUCCUGUCCGGCUGCCCGAGGGAGAAGCCCUCCAGUGCUUGACCGAGCGUGCCAUUAUGUGGCAGGACCGUGCUCGCCAGCUCCUCGGCUCCUCCGAUGUAAUUGCUGCCUUGGGGUGUUUAGCUGAGCUACGGCAGCGACUGCUUGGGGACUCGGCCAAGGAUGCAGGUGCGCUCAAGGAGAGCAGCUGCAACGAACAAACCAAGAUUUCCUUAGAGAACGGAGAUGCCACAACUCCAGAGAAGAACAGCUCCUGUGCCUCAGACCUGGAUAUGCUUUGUUCUUACCUGCCCCAGCUGCAAGGCCCUGUCCUAGAGCUGGCAGAUGCCAUCCGCCUACCUUUGGGAGAACUGCUGAUGGAAGGGGAUCUUCUGGAAGUGACGCUAGACGAGAGCCAGAGCAUUUGGCGCUUGCUACAGGCUGCUUGCGCUCCCCAGCUUCACAAAUUCCAGCAGCUACUGGAUCUGGAGCAAGCAGAGCGGCGCAUCACCCGUGGGCGAGGCCGGGACUCAGAGCGGCGGCGGAAACGCAAGACAGAGCGUGGUGAUUGCCCAGCCCUGCCUAAGGAGGAAUUAGAGCCAAAGAAGAUCCGGGGGGCAGACCCAGUGCUGUCCCAAGGUGGCACUCCCCCUGCAGCAGGCACAGACUGCAGCCACAAUGGAGUUGGACAGUUGUGACGGCUAGAAGGUGCCUGGAUUUCUCCUUCCUGGACUACACUGCACUGUAAGGGACUCUGGCAGCCCCAGGUCACUCAGUUGGCUUGACUAGCACUCUGCAUGGGGAGGCACCCAGCCCUAGAAGUUGAGGCUGCAUCUACCCCCCCACCCCCAGGACUUGGCACUGGCCCUGCAUCAGACUAUUUUUCAGAUGAUGUAAUAUUUUAUUUUCUUUUUCCUCCUUUUGUAUUGUCAAUACUACGGAAAGGGGGAGGCAUUGCAGGGGUCACCAACAAGCAGGGCCCACGUUCUCGUUGGCAGAAGCAACUGAGGGCACCACCGUGUUGCUGUAAGGCCCGAAGCCUUGCAGAGCUCCGGCACAGGUGGUAGAAUGUGCUGGGACAAUGCCCAGCUCCUCGCUUCAGGCAGUGAAAGGAGUUGGGGGGCCUCCUCCUGAGAGGAGUGUCCUCCUUUUUGUACCAGCAUUCCCUGAAUCCUGCAGGGACAGCACCUCCUGUUGCACAGAGGGGCAGCUCUCCCUAGACACACCCCUAUCCUCCUCCUGGUACCUGUUGGGUUUUAUAGGAAUUGUGGUAACCACUUUAUUCUCUAGGGUGGUGGAAAAGGCAAGGAAUAUUUUAGUUCCACUCCAGCCACUACUCCACCCUCAUCGUCCCACCCACCCCAAAUCAUGGGCCCCAUACUGCCUCAGGCUCCGACACUAAAAACUUUUUGUCUUUCUCUUUUUAGUGUUUUCCUUUAUUUUCUCCAGCAGAGAAGGGUGGGAUGUUGGGGGUAGGGAGGGGUGUGUUAUUUUAUUGUAUUAUGAUUUUUUUAUUAUUAUUAAACUUUGGAGGUUAACAAAUUUACUUGGAUCUUGGGAUGAAGGCGACCUGGUCAGUUAGAGUUGCUGGUGGCAGUUGUGAGCAUGCCCAGUUUCACACAACAUAAUUGUCAGUACUGUAGCUUGUUUUUCUAAUUUCCUACUAUGUAGGAGCCAUGACCAUAGAGUAAUGAGAAGCCCCGAGUAUCUGUUUCCUUGUUUCAAACCUGAAUUUUUGUAUCAUGAUUCUCAGUGAGGUGUAGUGUGAAAUGGCCCUUUCACAUUACUAAUAGUUGUUGUAGAUAAUUCUAUUUUGUUUCUCUAAUGGUUAGAUACACAUAAUUAGAGAAUUUCAAUUUUUUGCAAAAAUAAUAUAUUGCCAGUGACAAAAAGCUAUUAGGAACAAACUUUUCAGGCCAGUGAAAAGUAAUAAAAUUUCCUGAAAUAUUUCAGGGGGGGAAAAAGCAUCUAUAGAGAAGUAGUAGGACCAGUGGUGGGUGAAGACAAAAAAGUAGAAAUACGAUUAAGGCAAGUGAGUAGAACAUGAAUUAUGUCAGUUUUCAUUCCAGAUGAAUUUAAGAAUCUUUUUGGAGAAUGCACCUUUAAAGACAUGCUAAGUAGAGGUGAUCGGUGGGCUCAUGAUAAUUGAAGGAGAAACUGUUAAUGUCAACUGGGCUACAUAUUAUUUAACCACGAUUUCUUAAUUUUAAUAUAAAAGUUUGAGCUAAAAUGUAUGACUUAUAAAAAGUGGCAUUUUCUGUAUAUUUGUAGAAAGCAUUAUUAUACUAAAGGUAGUUGAAUACACCUUGGGCAAACCGAGGAAGAACUAGCAUGGAUUCUGUGAGAGAAAAAUCUUAGAAUUCUGUGUCUCAAAUGUGAAAUUAGUGAUCAUCAGAAGAUCAUUGUGUACUUGAAAUUUUCAGAUGCUUUUCACAAAAAUCUCAUACCAAAGCUUAUGUUGAAUGAGAGGGUGUAUCUUCCCAUGACUCAAUAUUUAUCUAGGAAAAAAUGCAAGUAAUGACAUCAAAAUACUCUGUUAAAUUUAAGAAAUGAGGCAUAGCAGAAAUAAAUAGGGAAUAGCCAAAUUGACACCUAGGUUUAGAUUAUGCAAUCCCAAGCAGCCUGGGAAAGAGCUUCGAAAGAGCUUCCCAUCAUCACAUAUUCUAGAAUUCAUUCCGUGAGUUGUAGUGAUAGCCCCACUUCUCCCUCUCAUACCCUGACUCCAAUGGCUUUUUAAAAAUAUUACAUUCUUCAGGAAUAAAGCUGGUAAGACCCAUCAACAAAGUAAAUGAAAUUUAAAUGUGUAUUACAAGUGGGAGUUGAUGGCCCAGAGUAUGGCUCAACUGUAGAUGAAAUUUGGUUUGAUCUAAUACAGAAUCAGUUGCUUCUUAUUCUGGAAGAGCUCAUAACCUGCAAGGUUUUUAACCAUUUCUAUUAAAAUUAUCAGAAAGGGGGAAGGAAUCGAGAUAAAGGCCUAUGUGUUUCUGCCAUAAAAAUAUACUUCCUGAACUAGCAUCUGUAAUGGAUUAAAGCCUCCUGCUUUCUUUUGACUGAAAAGGAGUUGAUAGACUGGCAUUUGGGCCCACAGUAUCACCAAGCCCAUAUAUUCUGUAUUUCCUUAUUCAGUUAA